AUGCCCGCCCACUCACCGCCCUCCCCCUCCGCUAAGUCCCCGAAACGCGCCCGGCAGUCUUCCUUCGACGAUGCGUCGCCGACGUCCGGAGGCGCCGACCAGAGCCCGUCGGCCGAUCUCAACGAUGUCAUCGGCGAUAAGAGCAGCAAGUCUGCUGCCCAGCAGAGCAGCACGUUCCGCAACGUGAGCGCAUGCAAUCGAUGUCGCUUGCGCAAGAACCGAUGCGAUCAGAAGCUCCCGAGUUGCGCCAGUUGCGCCAAAGCUGGCGUCGCCUGUGUUGGUUAUGACCCCAUUACCAAGAAGGAGAUCCCCAGGAGUUAUGUCUACUAUCUCGAGAUGCGCGUCGACCAGCUCGAAACGUUGCUGACGGCCAACAACAUUACGUUCCCUCCCGCCGAGGACCUGGAACGCUGCUCACGACCAGGCAACGAGCCCUCUAGAUCCAUCGCCGAUUCAAACUUUUCCGCCCGCUCCGAGAGCAUCGACAGCCAUAGCACGACGACGAAGACCCAGCAGCCCAUACGACCCGAUCUUGAGAAGACGAAGAAAGCGGAUGCGAACCAGGGUAUGCUCAACAUUGUCAGCCCCUCGAAACCCCGCUCUCUUGCCUCUGCGUCUGGCGUAUCUUUCAACCGUGUCGUUUUCGCCGCUGUACAGUACUCUGUGUCGGAUCACAAUGGCACCUCGGAACGGGCCGGAGGUAAGGGCGCGAUGGCCGGUGCCAGCGGCGGCACCACCAUGCGGGAUUCCUUCUUCGGCUUGCACACCAAGCCUACCAUUCGACCCGCGCCUUUCCCAGAGAAGCAAGUGGGUGCCAGACUGGUGACUCUGUAUUUCGAGCACGCCAACCCGCAGAUUCCCAUUUUGCAUCGCACCGAAUUCAUGACAAUGUUUGAGCAAGCAUAUGCCACACCGGGUGGACCUCAAGGCUCGCGCGAGCUGUACAUGCUCAACAUGGUGUUUGCCAUUGGAUGCGGUGUCAUCGUUGGUGAGCCUGUCAAGUCCGAGGGGUCGGGUAGCGGCGGGCCGAGGAAUCCGAUCGACAUGAACAAGUUCGGGCAGGCUCAACCCGAGGAAUACCACGCGAGCGCCAUCGUUCAUCUUGAGGCUUGUCUCGGGUCUAGCGGAGGCGGAUUGGAGGUAUUGCAGGCUGUUUUGUUACUGGCGAACUUUGCCCUGCUUCGACCGGUGCCUCCAGGUCUCUGGUAUAUCAUUGGUGUUGCUGUGCGACUGGCCGUCGAUUUGGGUUUGCAUUACGAAGAUGGCGGCGGCUCUGGUGGUGCACGUAUUCCUUCGACCGUCUCGUCAGCACAUGCGUUGGCAGGCCGGUUUGGCAUCAGCGACCAGGUCAUCACGACAGAGUUCCCCUCUCUGCUCGACGACCAGUAUGUCACGCCAGCCGGUUUCCUCGAACCCCCGCCACUCGAACAGCCCGAGCCGAGCUACAAGAACGUUGCCUAUCAUUAUUUCAAGCUGCGACUGCUCCAGUCGGAAAUUCUGCAAGUAUUGCAGUACAACCAAACACAAGUGGCGCGCGCAGUUGGACAAAACUUCACCAACUCCGAUAUGCACACCCAUCUACCCUCGCCCUUUUUGGUCAGGUUCGAUUCAUUCCGUUCCUGGAGAAUUGAUGUCGACCGGAGACUCUACCAGUGGAAGAACUCGGCGCCGACGAGGGAAGAGACGGGCGUGGCAUUCUCGACCGAAUUCCUUGAGCUCAAUUACUGGCAAGCCAUCAUCAUGCUCUACCGACAGAGCUUGAGCGUUCCGGCCAUGUUUGAAGGGGAGUACAAUACAUCGACCGAGGUCAACAGCCCGACAGCGUUUCAGGCGGAGCUGUGGGAGGACGAGGAUCGUAUCUAUCUCAAGGUCGCAGAGGCAGGACAGAAGAUCUUGCGCAUUUACAGGCAGCUCCACCUGAGUGGACUCGUCAGCUAUACUUACCUGUCCACCCACCAUUUGUUCAUGGCGGGAAUAUCGUACCUCUACGCUAUCUGGCACUCGCCCAUCGUGAGGAGCCGCUUGACGAUGGACGAAGUCGACUUCACCAUUUUGGCUGCCAAAUCCGUCUUCACAGAUCUCACCGACAAGUGCCCGCCAGCUGAGACGUGCCGCGACGCCUUCGACCGCACAGCCAAGGCAACAAUCAAGAUGGCCAACUCGACUGGUGGUUUUGGCGCUGUCGUUCAGCGUAAGACCAAGGAAGGCCGCAUGGAUUGGAACUCGGCCAGCGGCGACGGGUCAUCGACAGCAAGUGGCCCGCGGCGGCGACAGCCCUCGCGGCCCCAGCAAACCCACUUCCAAAUGGACCUGUCGUUGUCUGACGGUCUCUCGUCGCCGAGUCUGUCCGUCGGGGGCGAGCUCCCACCGACACAGUCGCCAGUGACAUCUCGCGCCAAGACGUUCGAGGCAGAUCCCUUCAGCCUCCUCGCCCGCCAGCAGCGCGCCCAGGCCAGUCCCUCUGACGUCUCGCACGAUCCGACCAUGGUCCCGUCCCCGACUCUUCUCCGCCGGGACACGAACAGCUCGUAUCACGCGCCGACGCCGUAUCAGUCGGUGCCCAGCGUGUCGAGCAACACGAAGAUGGAGUAUCCCGACUCGAACAUGGUGGACUUUUUCCAGAGCCUGCAGCAGAUGGAGGGAGGCCCCGGCAACGGCGGCGGCGGCGGCGACAUGGCGUCGGGCGCGGCGGGCAACGGGGCCGACAUGGCCCAGCAGCAGCUCGAUCUUGGAUUCGGCAUCAACUGGGACAACCUGCAUCACGACUUUAGCGAGGGGCAGCAAAUGAACCUAUUUGAUGGGUUUUUCUUUGGGGGUCAGCAAAACGGGAGCGGCGCCAACGGGAACGGCAGUGGCAACGGCGCCAACGGUGCGUGA